AUGGCAGAUCCGGGGACAAUCAUCUCAGCGGCCGAGACCUGCUACAAGUAUGGGAAAAUGCUUGUCAAGUUUUGUCAAGAUUGGAAGCAUGCAGAUAAUGAGCUUUCAGAGCGUGUCAGCAUUGUUGAGAUUUGCUGGGCUAAGACCAGUGCCCAGAUCGAGCUUGUUCAGCGACUACAACCAAUAAUGGAAACCAGCCUCAGCCGCAUUCUGGACGAUAACUUCACUAUCCUUCAAGGAAAGCUUUGGCGCGCCGCUACCAAGGUGGAAAGCGUUCAAGAUACGUCCUCUCAGGCCAGACCAGGGAUUUUCGGCUUCCAUCGUCGUAUGAAGGGAUUCAAAUACGCACUAGAGAAGGAAGCAAUAGACGAAGUGAUUCGCGAUAUGGAGGAUUGGCAAAGGCGCAGCGAGCCCUCAUGGUUCUUGAUCAUGCGCAUUGCCGAUCCUUUUAUUGAUGAGGAGCUUCAUCGCGCCACGGCAAAUAAUCCUCCCAUUCAACUUGCCUCCAAAGUUCGAGAUGCAGUGAGACCAUCCGGUGCGCCUCCAUCUGUCGAACUACCCAAGGUGUCUUUCAAGGUCUCCAACAUACCCUUCAGUCACAUGAAAAUAGGACUACAUCUGAGUAAGAAUACAAAUUAUAUCAUUGAUACUUUGAUUGUGGGGCCGAACAAGAGCGCCGAGGCCAUGGAGCACGACGUACGGGAUCUUGCUGUCAGGUUGACGAAAGCAGAUUCGUCAGUAUUUGGAUUGCUCAGUUGUAAAGGCUUCAUGCCAAUUCAUGAAAAGCUAUCACCGGACAAACAGAAGCUCCCAGGAGUGAAGCCAGGCGUUCUAGCUUUCGAUCUUGUUUUCCGGGUGCCAGAGAACCAUGAUCUGAGCCAAGUUCAAAGUCUGCGGCAUCUCCUCUUGAGUAACACACAAGGUAGCAUUGAGAUGCUUCCCUCACUAUCGUGGCGCAUGCAGCUUGCGCAAGAACUAGCAAAAUCAAUCAGCUAUGUCCAUACAUUCGGAUUCGUUCACAAGAGCGUCUGUCCAGAGUCGAUACUUCUCUUGAAAAACAUUUCUUCGGGUCCCUCUCCAUCACGAAAUGGCCCAUCGGCCUUUUUGGUUGGCUUCGAUAGUUUCCGAUCUGCAAACGCAGAGACAGCUCUACAAGGGAGUGGAACAUGGGAGCUUGAUAUUUAUAAUCAUCCCCAAAGACAAGGUGAGCAUCCAAGUGAUGCUUAUAAGAUGCAGCAUGACAUAUAUAGCUUGGGUGUGUGUCUCUUGGAGAUCGGGCUUUGGCAGUCAUUUGUCCAGUUCUCAAUACCUGGAACGGAGAGCAAACCCCAACCGAGUCAAAUUUUUGAAGCCUUCACUGCACGCCUGAACGGCAGUGAUGAUGUGUCACAAGCAUUUCCAGUAUUACUCUCAGCUGCACCCACAGAUUUCAAAGAGUACUUAUUGGAGCUUGCUAGAAUAGAGCUACCACGAAGAGUAGGUGACAAGUACACCGAGGUUGUGGUGACUUGCCUUACAUGUCUCGACCAAGACAAUGAUUUCGGGGAAGAAGCAGACGUUGCAGAUGAUGAUGGAAUUUUGGUCGGUGCCCGCUUCAUAGAAACAGUCCACACGCGUCUCACGGAGAUCCUGAUCUGA